GGGGAUAGCCGGGGGACACGGGACAACCGAGGACACCGGACAGCCUGCGGACAUGGGACAGCCAGCCCUGGGGAUGCUCCCAUCCCCUCCCCGGCCGGGGUCCUGCUCCGUGCCGCUCCCUGGUCGGGGCACCCCCGGGGUGGGCAGGGCUCCAGCUGCGGGGAAAGAACCCCCAGUGCCCCUUCCCACUGCCCCGGCUGCCCGUGAGGGUCCCACCCAGUGCCAGGGGGAUCCCGUGCACAACCCCUCGGUGCCGGGGGCAGCGGGCAGGGUGGUGGGACAAGGCCCGCAGUCCCCCGGGAGCCGAACUGGUGGUCACGCCGUGCAGCCCCGGGGUUCCCCGGGCUGGGCUGCCCCGGCCGCUCCCUUCGAACCUGCCGCGGCCGCCCGGCCCCGCCCGCUGCCCUCCCGAGGAGGAGGAGAAGGAGAAGGAGGCGGCAGCGGCCGCGGAGCAGGAACGGAGCUGAAAGGAGCGGGACAGCCCCGACGGGAGGGGACGGGGGUCCCGGUAGUGCCCACCAGCAGGUGUCACCACCCCCAGCAGCUCCCGGUCCGGGGGUCACCAGCCCCGUCACCCGCGGCCCCCGCUGCCCUCGGGGGUCGCAGCCCGCACAUGCCAGCGUGGGGCGAGCCAGGGGCUCGUGCGACCAGCCGCCGGGCUCAUCCCUCAUGCCGGGGAAGCUGAGGCGCAGCGCCCGGGGGGUGCUGGGGAUGAAGCAGUGGCAGAGCCUGGAGGAGACGGGAAGCGCCCGGCUGGGGCAGCCCAAGCUCUCCAGAUCCAGGACUUAUGACUCCCCCUACAAGGACACAAGGCUGGCGGCCACAGGCGGGGAGGGACCCCCAUCCCCCGCGCUGAGCAAACGGGACAGCAGCUACCGCCGGGCCUUCGGGGAGCUCGCCGGGAGGGACGCGCUGCUGGGCUGCUUCCCGUGCGCCUGGCAGAGAGAGGUGCCCUACCACGGCCGCCUCUACGUGUCCUCCCGACACGUCUGCUUCCACUCCAGCCUCCUGCUCAAGGACAUCAAGGCCGUGGUCCCCGUCGCCUCCAUCUCAGCCCUCAAAAAGACCAACACGGCGCUGCUGGUGCCCAACGCGCUCAGCAUCCGCACGGCCCAGGGGGAGAAGUUCCUCUUCGUGUCGCUGCGCCAGCGAGAGGCCACGUACCAGCUCCUGAGGUCUGUCUGCAAACAGCUGCAGGACAGCGGCCAGAGCCCUCGGGACUCGGUGAACAACGAGGAAACCCUUGAGAAGACUCUGACCUCGAGCCAGUCGGACCUGGAGCAGAGCACCCCGGAGCCCAACAGCCUCCACGAGUCCCUGGAUGAACAAAGCCCAAGGCCAAGGGAAGCAGAGGAGGAGGAUGACAAGGCAGCCCUGCUGACUCCCAGCAGCAGCGAACGGGUGCCCUUGGCAGGGACACGCAGCCUCUGGAGUGGGGGAACCCCACACCACACUCUGGGCCUGGGCUGCUGCACUCUGGUCCCGGAUGAACCCCCAGCUGAGCCUUCUCAACAUCAUCAUCACCAUCUACCUGCUGCUCAUGGUGGCCUUGCUGGUGUCCUCGGGGUACAUCGGGCUGCGCAUCGUGGAGCUGGAGCAGCAGUUGGCAUUGGCAGGGGCUCAGCCACACCCCAACCCACCACAGCAGUGAGUGACCGGGGUGGGGGGUCCCCUGUGCCCAGCAGAGACCCCCCUCAGCCUGCCUCCCCCUGCCCAGGUACAAGACAGUGAGGCCAGUGAGGACCUGCCAUCACUGGUGCCCUGGACAGGGGGUAAAGGGGUUGCCCCAACCCCUUCCUCUGCCUCUCAGGGGGCUCCAUCAGCAAGUGCCUUCCAGCCCCCCACGGUGCCUGGGAAGCCCA